AACGUUGAAAUGGCUCCGAGGAAAAGAGGCCGCAAACCACAACCAAAAUUAAAGUUCAAAGUAUCUCGAAAGAAGCUUAAACACGCUCUAAACAUCCUGGAGCAACCACAGGAGCCUCGACCAACAAUACGUCACAUUAACUGCAGCUCGAGCAUGCUGGAUCAACUCAACUCUACCAUGCACUUUCAGCGUGAAUUUAGCCCAAUGAAAUGGUUCGAGUUCUUCCGAGCAACUGUUACCAACCACGACUGGGAUAAAUUCAUGAAGGGCUUAAGACUGGCUUCACAAAAUAGUUCUUUUUGUGGCAUGAGAGCCAUCUUACGAGCCACAUUCUUCGGUAUUUUGACCCUUCCCAUUUACCACGAGCCGACAGUGUUGAAGUCACUCCUGUAUGCCAUAGCACCGUGCCGCAAUGAGCAAGACAUCGAGUUUUGCAUGGAAACUAUUCUGCGUAUAUUCAACGGUCGGUCGGAACCAUUCGGAACAUGUGAGGAUAGCACAGAUGACGAUGACAUAAGUUGAAGGCCGGAAAUUGCUUCCAUGAAUGAAAAUGUUUGCUCUAAGACGAAUGUACCAAAU